CUUCGAUAACAGCUGCCGGUGCAUUCGCUGUGCUGCGCCGCUGCGCCGUUCGUCCUCGAUUACAUUCGGGUACUUGGAACCGAAUCUGGACAAUCUUGCCCAUUUAUAUCCAAUUCCCUGUCUGGCACGGCGAUCUGGAUGCUAAGUGCAUCCUUGCUUGAUAAGAAUUAAAACAAAGGCAGCUUCCUCCCUGCCUUGUUCGGUUGGCGCAGGAUCGCUCAACUUUCGCGCUCACCAAUCAGUCAUCAUGACUUCUCCAAAGGCUACAAUAUCUGACCGCGGCCAAGAGAACGACGACACCCUUAUAGAACCUGUGCUAUCGUCUCCUCUCUCAACGCCCCAAACAACAAGUCCUGAGCUGGUCUCGUUUCAGUCGCUGGCCGACCAAACAUCAACACCACUCAGCAUCAUGGACGAUUCAUGCUUUCUCGACAUCGACAAGUUCAUCGCAAGCGGUCUUGAGUCAAGCAGUGUGAGUGCUGGUCUCGACAAACCUACAGCGUCUAUCAGCCAAUCGCCAGUGAUUACAGCGGGGUCGCCCGCUAGACCCUCGGACCCCAGCACUAAGAGCCAACGCAACGCAGAUCCUCUUGGAAGUACAGGGACGGAUACAGAUGGCGGCCUCGCCGAACAGACACGUGCCGCUCAUGAGGACAAUGUUUCUGGAUCAAUCGCGAAGGAAACAAAAUUAGAACAAACUUCUAAUCGGCAAUCGUAUCGGGGAUCCCAAGAUUACGACCAAACAAAGCCAUUAGAGGUCACUGCGCAGCCAAAAAUCAUCUCGCCAGCGGAAGCUGCAUCAAAUACGACAGGCUUCGCUACCCAAAAUAGCACCGCCCCAUCAAAUACCGGCGAGCCCAGUCUUGGUUUCAGGGGCCUUCAUUCCGAUCAGCACGAGUAUCGAAUAGAUAGUUCGAGCAAAAAACAGCAAUACGAGACUGCUCUUGCAUCUAUAGGGCCUUUAUCGGUGGAAAGGCUCCCUGCGUCAGGGAUAGCCACAGCACAGGCACAGGCAAGCAGCCACUGUAGUGCUCCUCAAAGCGCCACCACCCAGGCCAUGUCAAGCACGGCCUCCACUAGCAACAAUUCUAUUCCCCCUGGGCAUCAAAGACACCGCACCGGACAUUCCUCACACGACUCCCGCGACAACGACUUUCCCCCCUCUCACACAACAUCCCAUUCUUCUCGAGUCGGUGGCAUAAAACUCGAUACGAGUUUUGUCAAGCCCACGCCAAGGCCCAUUAUCCGUACAGCGCCCGACUCACCUUCGCUCAGUAUCCAACAUCCAACUCCCGACAUUACCUCCCAGGCCCGAUCUGGAGCAUACGUCGGGAACAUCGCACAACUCGAAGCGACCGCCGAACGAUUGUCUAUGACAAGUUCCAUCGACGAUGCGAUUCGAGAUUUACAUGCUGAAUUAAAGCGAUCCGAUAGUAGACGUUCCUCCAUCCUUGCUGCCAGCGUCAAAGCCUCAGGGUCCAUUGACGAUUACACCAGUAAUCCCGGUUCCGCUAUCGAACAACUAAGACGACAUCCUUCCAUCGCUUCUUCCAUCGUUUCUACAAAUAACGCCGCACGCCACGGUGGUUAUUCCCCCGGUGGAUACGUACUUUCGCCUAAUCACUCCUUUACCGGACGUCUUAGAUCAGGAUCCAAGAAUUCGGCUGGCCGACCAGACUUUGAUCUAGAUACAGUUCUAUCCCGUCACGGCCCAGGCAAAGCCUCUGUUAGAAGUGUCCGAUCAACAAAGGUCUCACUCGCCGAGAUCUCGGAAUCAGAACCUAUUGCACUAACCCAGGACGUCCUCGACAUGGUCGACAAAACACCAGUCAAGAACCCUGAGGGCGAAUCUCUCCUCCCUGAUGAGCUCCGCGAUGCCAACAUGCCCGCCACCGACGUAUUCCAAAACAUGAUGGGAGACGACGAUUUUAUGAACUCCAAGAACGAGCGACCGCACCCCGAUGUGAGCACUGGCCUUCUUGCCGAUCAAGAGUCUAGGGAUCCUCAGCGACCCGGAAGUUCACAUUCAGAUACAACAUUCCAACAAUGUCAGGAUGCAUUUGGCGACUUUGAUGGCGUCCAUUGGGUGCCUGAACAAGAUGACCCUUACUCCCUCCCUGAUGACUUGGAGCCUCAACCCCAGCCUCGACCUCGACAGCGACAUAUGAGCCAAUCCGAACAUGUUCGGCCCCAGUCUUAUUUUGACCCGGAGUCCGGUCAACAAAUGCUGUAUUACCCUGCGCGGGUUCCCGCUAUGCUCAAUCUGCCCCCCAAGCUGUCUAAUAAACCCAAGGCCAAUGAAAGAAAUAAGCGACGCUCCCAGGUGAUGAGUGCUAUGUUUGAAGGCAACAGGCAAUCCAAGAUGUUGGACGCCGAUGCAAAGGCACAAGAGCGCGAUUCUACGAGAGAUUCCUGGCUCCCUGACCCUCUUGCUGGUCAUCGAGAAUCAUUUGCUGCUUUAUCAUCUGACGGAUUUGGCAAUUUGGGCCAGGAACCAGAGACAAUUCGUUCUGUCCACUCGGACCAAGAUGUCCCUCCUGCUGUACAACCGGAAGCCAAUGCCAAUGCUCCGAUUGAGACACUGAGGCGCCCUCAACGGUUGUCUCGGAACGAACUUGACAAGCGAAAGUCGAGAAUGUCAAACUUGCCUCCACAACUCAGAGCAAGCGCCUACUUUGAUCUACCCGACAACACGCAAGGAGAGAUCGAGGUUAAGGACGGCUCAGCCAUGGCCACCCUUGAAAGCAUUCUAGAUGCUUCAGCAAACGCCCCUGUCAGUGCAUUUACCGAUCACGAACGUGCCGGCAGACUUGGAAAGGAAGUCUACGGCAAAGAAAAAAAGCGAGCUUCAGUUGCUGCAUCCACGGUUCUUCAGCCUGAAGGCGAUAAGAAACAUGCCAGAAAGCGUUCCUCUUUUAUGUGGCUUGGCAAACGUCACAGCCAUGUUAGCGACGAUGACAAGGAUCAUAAGUCAGAGUCUGGGCUGGGACCUGUCAAUGCUGACACGAAUGCGAAUGAGCACGACGGACUAGCCCGCAGUGUCGACGGUCGUAGCGAUGGCCAUGUUGAUGAUGAGCAAGAAGCCGCCGAAGAAGCUGAGGAUCUGUCUGAGGAGGAAGGCUACAAUGGACCCCCAACGACACUCCUGGCCGAGUUACAGUUGCGAAAGCAGCAGCAAAAAGAACGUACCCAGCGAACAUUCCCAGGAGGCAUGCAUGCAACACUGUUGGAGAUGGAUGCUGUUGCCGAAACUCAGAAGAAGGCAAGAAAUAACAAGCGUAUCAACCUGGCAUGGGAAGAAGGCCAGGCACAUGCUGCUGAUGAGGAUUCCGAUGACGAGGAUAUUCCUCUGGCUGUCAUUGCGGCACGCAAUCAAGGUGCAAAGAAUGUUAUGGAUCUUCAACGCCCUAUCGGUUUGAUGGAGCGUCGUGAGAUGGAAGAGAACGAACCCCUCAGUCACCGCCGAGCUCGUCUGCAUGGCCAGGAUCCUCGAUCUAUGGUAAUUAGCCACAGGCCUAGCAUGAACAACCUCAGUGCCAAUCAUCUUCCCACGACUCCUCAUUCGGCACACCAAUCUAUUGCCCAACUUUCCGUACAAAACGCAUCGACUGAGCCGGAUGAUGAGUUUGAAGGAGAGACUCUUGCUGAUAGAAAGCGACGGCUUGCAGCCAAGGAGGAAGCAGAGAACCUUCUACCUAAAGCCCGACCUGUCAGCAGUGCAUUCUCCGUUGAGCUCCUCAAUCAAUUCGAGGAUCCUGAAGAGAAGAAGAAGAAAGAGGAAGAGUAUAAGCCCAAGAUGGUCGAGGAGGAAACCCUGGGUCAACGACGAAAACGUCUACAAGCUGAACGAGAAGCUCGUGAGCGUGAAAUGAGUUUCAACCAACUGAACGCCAGCGCCGAAGAGGCUGAGGCACCGAUCCCAGGAAUAAACGGACGCAUGCACCAGUUGUCCAGCGUUCUCUCUGCACAUCCUAAAAGGGAGACGAACCAAGCUCAGGAGGAGCGCGCUCGCAUGGAACAUGAGAGGAGGCUUCUGAGAGAGCGUGACGCUAAGAUGGCCGCUUAUCGAAGCCAAAUGCCGCAGGCUCUCGGUGGUCCCAGCAAUGCGCAAUCUGGAGGUUACCGUGGAGGUACUUUCAACAAUGGUCUUGGUGGUCAGAACUCCCAAGCAGCCAUGUCCUCCCCUGCCCUUCAUACGCAACUGUUCAACCAACCAGCUCUUAACCACCGAAAGAGUGCUGUGUUCAGUACUUAUGGGGCCCCCAUGCAGCAAGCCCCAUAUGGCGGAUCAGCUACGAACCUCGGUGCGAUGAACAUGGGGUACAAUGGCAUACCCAACGGCAUGAGUCCUUAUGGCGCCGGUGCCAUGAGUGUUUAUGGUGGAGGCAUGCUGCAACCUGCCAUACAAAUGCCUGGACAAGGUGGUUCUACCAACAGAAUCGAGCAGUGGCGUCAGGGUGUUCACCCUUGAGCAAGUUAACAGCAUAUCGGCUGUUGACAUGGCCUGCAAGUACCUUUUCUAAGACGACCCAUGUGGAAGAUAUAUCUCGUGUACUAUUUGAGGAAAUAUAGAAGGGAAGGGGAAGCUUUUUAUAGCAUUGCUAUCACCGGUGUUGUGGAUAGAGGGCAAUGGUGGGAUAACAUCUUGAGGAAUUUGCUUUUUCUUGUUCUGCAUGGCACCUAGCAUUGCAUGGCGCUGGAAAUACUCGCGACGCUGGAAGGGCACAGCUAUUUUUUGACAAUCUAAUCGUUUUAAUAUGUUUUUUUUUCCUGGGAUUGCUUCUUCAAUCCGGUGGCAUGUAGUUUUAGACUAGGAGCAUGAACACGAUGAUAUGACCAAACUACCCAAGUCCAAACGCUCGACAGUGAUGCAAUGCAUGGGGAGGUAUCAACUCGUCAUAUUGCAAGAAACAGACAUACAGAAAAAUUAAGCAACC